UUGACGUUUGCCAAUGGAGAAAAAAUAAUACACAAGAAAAGUGGUGCUGCACUUGGUUGGUUGCUGCAGUCUGUUUGCAUAUUUAACCCGCUGAAAAUUUUCCCGUAAAAGCAUCCCUGUGGAAAAUAACGCCCCGUGCACGAUCGGCCCAAACUAUUAUCGACAUUCCGCAGCUGUUCCAUGGAUGCCAUAAACAAGAUUUAUUCGUCCGUCUCACAAACGGUCUCCACCCUAUCGGCAGUAUUCCUGGGAAAUCCGCUCACGAAAGAUUAUGAUAUCGCUGAACAUAUUGGUUCUGCUGGCACAGAAUUCGUCUGGAAGAUUUACACCGGCAGCAAACGCUCAACGAAGGAACCAGCCUCGAUAUUCGUGUUCGACAAGAAACAGCUAGAACCCUUCACCAAAGAUGAGCGGGAGGAGAUCUGUGAAAACAUACGGCGCGGUGUGGUACAGCUGACGAAGAUACGUCAUCCGCAGGUGCUGACGGUGCAGCACGCAAUGGAAGAAAGCCGCGAUACGAUCGCUUUCGCCACCGAGCCCGUAGUGGCCAGCUUGGCGAAUCUGCUCGGCAACACAACGAACGUUUCGAACAUGGGAUUACUUUCUGAGUACAAACUGUCCGAGUUUGAUACCAAGUUUGGCAUCUUCGAGCUGAUAAAGGGCAUUCAGUUUCUGCACGAUGAAGCGCAGCUGGUACAUCGGCACCUCUGCACGGAGAACAUCAUCGUAAACAGGCAGGGAGUUUGGAAACUGUUUGGGUUUGGGUUUUGCUGGAGCAAACGUGCACCGGGAACGCCGGUAGCAAAUCACUACUUCAAAAGCCGCCUGCUGGGGAAUCCGGGUUCGAAGUGGACUGCUCCCGAGCUGAUACUGGAAAACAGCUGCAAUGAUUCAACUGAUAUUUAUUCUUUAGGUAUACUAAUUUAUACUAUAUAUUCACGAGACAACAUUCCAUCGCCCGAUGCUUCGUGCGAUCUGUACGGAUACAAACAAUCCGUCACCAAGCUUAGCAAUCAGGGUCCACCGAAGCUAACCGCCAUUCCGGAAACGUUGCGUGCGGAGGUGAAGAAAAUGCUAAGCGUUAAUCCCCAGGCUCGACCGACGCUGCAGUCGUUAAUUCAGAUUUCAUACUUUUGUGACAACUAUGUGCAAUGUUUAGACAAUUUAGAAACGCUAUUCCCUAAGGACAACUUGGAAAAGUCGGAAUUCUACAAACGGCUCGCCCAAAUCAUUGGCGAUUUUCCGCACCGCGUAAGACUGUACCGCAUUCUGCCGCUGCUAGUGAAGGAGUUCGUUAACUGCUCAAUGAUACCGUUCGUGCUGACGAACAUUCUAACCAUCACGGCCAGCUGUACGCGGGCGGAGUACAUGCAGCACAUCAGCUCCCACCUGCGGCCGGUAAUGCUGCUCGACGAGCCGGUACAGAUAAUGCUUAUAUUCUUUCAAAAUCUUGAAGUACUGCUAAAAGUGUGCCCAUCGGAAGAGAUACGGGCCAGCGUGCUGCCGCUCGUCUAUAAGGCGCUCGAAUCGAAAUCGCAACAAAUUCAGGAGCUUUGUCUCUCGAUCAUUCCGUCGGUGGUGGUACAUUUGGAUAAGAGCACGAUCAAGAGUGGGCUGGUGCCGCGCAUCAAAACGUUGUGCUCGGGAACAAACUUGGUGUCGGUACGGGUGAAAUGUUUGCUGUGUUUGGGUCAACUGGCUUCCAAAAUCGACAAGUGGGUGAUGAUAGACGAUAUCGUCUCGUAUCUGCCGUCCGUCAAUUGCCGCGAACCGGCGGUCAUUAUGGCCAUUGUUGGUGUCUACAAAGUAUCGUUCACAACCGAUGGUCUCGGCAUUCCUAAGGACGUGCUGGCCUGCAAGGUGCUUCCCCAUCUCUUCCCGAUGACGAUCGUGAACGGGCUUUCGUUGCAGCAGUUUAACGCGAUCAUUGCACUGAUAAAAGAGUUUACUCGAAAAAUAGAGGAAGAACAGGGUGAUAAACUGGGCAGCAAAACGUCCAUUUCCGCGAGUGCCAGUAGCUCAAGCCUGCAGGACAAACAAUCCACACCGCAGCAAUCCGAGUCGUUCGGAGGCAGCAGUAGCCUAGGGUUUGGGGGUUCCGAUUUUUACAGUGAUUUUAUGCAAUCAUCAACGACCGCUACGAGUAAAGCAGCGCCACAACCGGUACAACAACGGCCAAUAUCCUCUCCUUUGCAGCUCAAACCACUUCAGGCACAAACCACCUUGAACUGGAACGUUCCUCCAGUGGCAACGACGGCAAAGGAAAACAGCAUCAAGUACAAUCUUUUCACACAGCAGCAAAACUCCAACACGAUGCAGAAUCGUACUAAAGACACGCCGCUAGCGCUACCACCAGCACCACAACCGGCCAUUGCGAUGCCGAUGAUGUCGUCCGCACCGAUGCCAUCAAACAUGUGGAUGAACAGCAAUGGCUCAUCGUUGACGACGAAGAAGCUCGAACUAACGUCCCCGGCCAACAACAACCCGUACGGACAGUUACAGCCGCUUAUUCCUACUCCAUCACAGACGAGUCAAACGUCCGCCAAAUCAAGCGCGUCGAGCCCGAUGCUAUCGAAGGAGGACAUUAUGGAGUUUUUACAAAAGUAAAACAUACACACACACCUCUUACCAACCGAAACGGCUACUUCUAGUAUGCGCUCCACGCUUUGUUCUUCGUGCUGCACCACGUGUUGUUGUUUGGUCUCGGCAUCAGACACUUCAUCCUUAAUGUUAUCUCUCUCCCCGGCGCGUUUGCGGCCAAACGAAAGCUAAUAAACUGUAAACCAUGCUGCAAUUCUA